UAUUCUCUUCUUCGCCUCCUCCUGUCAGCUUUCCGAUUUGCUUAGAUAUGUAAAAUAAUAAGUCUCUUCUUGACUACGAUGCUUGACCACAAGAAAAAAGGUUUUCAAUAGCAUAUCUUCUCUUCUUUUUUCCUCUGCUCCACCACUUUUCCUUUUUCCUUUAUUAUACAAUCUUGUGACUACUCAUGUCAAGACACAAGAUUUAUAAACUAGCAGAUCUGUUGCCCGCUCGCUUUUGAUUUUGACUGACCAGAGAUUAGUUUCUGUGUGGAUCCUCUCACGAUCGAGAAUGGGAAUUAAUAUUCCUUCCGUUGAACAAUCAUCAAGAAGUGCGAUAUAAGGAUUGACGCCAUGUCACAAUAAAAAGACGGAGAAUAAAACAAAAAAGAAGGAGGUUUGUGGGUUAUGGUCGUUGCCGGAUGAGGUAGUUGUAAACUGCUUGGCUCAGUUGUCGAGAUUGGACCUCGCGGCUUUAGCUAUCGCCUCCAAGAGUCACCGGUCUCUGGUGGUUUCCUCUGAGGUCACGAAAUUGAGAUGGCAGAUGGGUUGCGUCGAGCAAUAUGUCUACGUAUGCUUGCGCAUCUUUCCAGAACCAAGCCCACGCUGGUUCAUCCUCCACCCCAUACAACGUUGGCUGAAACCCAUCCAUAUGGACUUUUAUGAUCAGGCUCCGAAAUCAGGCUCCGCUUUCGUGACGAUGUCUUAUCUGAUUUAUAUCAUCGGUGGACUCGUAGACGGCAAGCCCACUUCGGAAGUCUCGUAUUUCAAUUGUAUCCAGCACAAAUGGUACGCCCUGCCGCCCAUGAAGAUGGCUCGUGCUUCCCCAUCUGCAAGCCUGAUGUUGACAGACUCAGGCGGCUGCAAGAUAUAUGUGUUUGGAGGGCUCGCGGAUGAUGUAGCUGAUUCCUCAAACUGGGCAGAGGUGUACGACAUCUCCACCAACACUUGGGAUUUCUUGUUUGUGUUUACGCCCAAGAUGCCCCUCAAUAUCCAACAAAGCGUGUUGAUGAAAACUAAAGAGGAGGAGGAGGUUUACGCAGUGGAUGAGGAUGGUCAAAACUUCUCCUUCUCACCAAGUAAAUGUAUGUUUGUGGCAAGGGGUAAAACAGAUUCCAUGCCAGGAUACAUUUACAGAAACGAUUGGUGUGUCAUGGGGACAUUCUUAUUCUGCCGUGCCACCCGCGGGAGAAUACUGUGGUGUUUGCCCUGACUUGCAUUGGAAGGAAGUGAAGGGUUUGGAACAACUCCGACAAUGGGGUUCUUAUAUCACCAAACUCUGCACCGGCCCUGCUGGGAAGAUUGUCAUUUUCUCGAAACCGCAUCCUCACAGUCUCGAGCUUUACUCCACCGAGAUUUCCAUUUCUCUUGUCAAAGGCAAACGCAAUAGACGCGACUCACGCGAGAUUUGGGGGAAGAUUGAGUGGUCUUGUCCUGUCUUCAAACUUGAUCCUCUCACAGACUCAUCAUAUAGCUUUAAUGUCUUAUAUGCAAAUUAUGUCCAUAACUGAAAUUCUCAACUUUUUUAGUACG